AUGAAGCUCAUCUUAACCCAGGCAGCUGCUAUUCUCGCAUUCUACGGAAGUGACCAAGUUAGUGGUCAAGUUAGUGUAAAUGGUAACAUUGUAGCUCAAGGUGUUGCAGGAGCCAACGGCAACGGCGCCGGUGCAGCUGUAGGCGCUGAUAGCAGCAUUGCUAUUCUUCAAGGUAUGUCGUCGUCUAUUGGAGUUCCCUCAAAAGGCCUAUUAAGUGGUAAUGCUUCAUACAUUACUCAAAUCGUCAACGCCUACGCCACCUAUUUGCCCGCACCUACCACCAUCACUCACCAGAACACCGUCGUUACUAUAACACAACCAGGAUGGGUCACCAUCAGUCCUUGCCCAACUGGUUGCACCAUCAUCAACAAGGUCGAUGGACCACCCACUGUGACUCCAGUUGGAUCAGUCAUCUCCAAGUCAACUGGCCCCGCUUCCUCAACUGUGAAGAUCACACUAGUCCCUGUUUCCACAACUGUUAGACCCAUUUUUUGCAAAAUCACAACAGGACCUGCUUCCUCUGUAGUUCCAGGUGUCGUCUCCAUUGGCGUCCCUAUCUUCCAAAAUGGAACUGUCACUGCCGCUACUGUCCCAGCUGUUGUCUCCAAUGGAACUGUCGUUGCUACGGCUGGCUCUGCUGGUCAGACUCCAGCAGGUCAAGCAGGUCAACCAGGUCAACCAGGUCAACCAGGACAGGCAGGUCAACCAGGACAGGCAGGUCAAGCUGGAGCUGGACAAACUGGAGCCGGUCAAGCUGGCUCUCCUGGCUCCGCUGGAUCAGGUACAACCUCAUCUAAUGGCCCCACCACUAGCGGCCCAGUUACCUUCCAAGGUGCUGCUUCUGCCGUCGCUGCCAUCGCUGCCGUCGCCAUGGCUUGGUAA